AUGUGGGGAACGGAAAUUGGAAUUGGAAAUCUGUCAGCGAUUCCACCAAUCUGCAAGCAAAGAUCAUGGCACAGUCCGGGGGGAGAUUAUUCAAGGCCGCUCUUAGGGGCCUCAGAGAUCCUCCCGAGGUGGCGACUGAUAGAAAAGAGAACGUGUUGGCAUGGUCAUGCAGGUGGCGGGCUUCACACAGAUCCGAAGGAAGGGCUGAAAGAGAUAGAUGCCAAAAAGAUUAUCAGAGCAAUGUUGUCUUACGUGUGGCCCAAAGACAGACCAGACCUGCGAGCCAGAGUAGCCAUAUCUCUGGGCUUUUUAGCGAGUGCGAAGGCCAUGAAUAUAUUGGUUCCCUUCAUGUUUAAAUAUGCAGUAGACAACCUCAACCAGGUAUCUGGAAACAUACUCAACCUCGGCGAUGCGCCGAAUACAGUGGCAACUGUGGCGACUGCUGUUCUCGUUGGCUAUGGUAUCUCAAGAGCUGGGGCAGCGUUAUUUAACGAAGCUAGAAAUGCAGUAUUUGGGAAAGUAGCUCAAAAUUCAAUUAGAAGGAUAGCAAAGAACGUUUUCCUGCAUCUUCACAACUUGGAUUUGGCGUUCCACCUAAGUAGGCAAACGGGAGCUCUGUCUAAAACCAUCGACAGAGGAACGAGGGGCAUCAGUUUUGUUCUUAGCGCUUUAGUGUUCAAUCUGGGACCUACCAUGUUUGAAGUGGCACUGGUCAGUGGAAUUCUGUAUUACAAAUGCGGUGCAGAGUUCGCUUUAGUUACUCUGGGGACGCUGGGAGCCUAUGCAGCAUUCACAAUAGGAAUUACACAGUGGAGGACUAAGUUUCGAAUAGAAAUGAACAAAGCAGAUAACGAUGCGGGUAAUGCGGCAAUUGACUCACUGCUGAAUUAUGAGACUGUGAAGUAUUUCAAUAAUGAAAAAUAUGAAGCCCAGCGGUAUGAUGAAUUCUUGAAGAUCUAUGAAAAUGCCUCCCUGAAGACUACCUCUACUUUAGCUCUCCUGAACUUCGGACAGAGUGCGAUCUUCAGCGUUGGCUUAACGGCUAUCAUGGUGCUUGCUAGUCAGGGCAUUGUUGCAGGCAGCCUUUCUGUUGGAGAUCUAGUAAUGGUGAAUGGAUUGCUGUUCCAGCUUUCUCUUCCCCUAAACUUCCUGGGAACAGUAUACAGAGAGACAAGACAAGCACUUAUAGAUAUGAAUACCUUGUUUACACUUCUCAGUGUAGAUACCAAAAUUAAAGACAAAGAGCUGGCUCCACCCCUGCAGAUCACACCACAGACUGCUGCCAUCAUCUUUGAUAAUGUGCAUUUUGAAUACCUUGAGGGGCAGAAAGUCCUUGCUGGAGUGUCUUUUGAAGUCCCUGCAGGAAAGAAAGUGGCCAUUGUAGGAGGUAGUGGGUCAGGGAAAAGCACAAUUGUGAGAUUAUUAUUUCGUUUCUACGAACCUCAGAAAGGAAAUAUUUAUAUUGCUGGACAGAACAUACAAGAUGUCAGCUUGGAAAGCCUGAGAAAGGCAAUAGGAGUUGUACCUCAGGAUGCUGUGCUCUUCCAUAAUACUAUCUAUUACAACCUGCUCUACGGCAAUAUCGGUGCGACGCCAGAAGAGGUGCACGCAGUAGCCAAGUUGGCAGGGAUCCACGAUGCUAUUCUUCGAAUGCCAAAAGGUUACAACACUCAGGUUGGUGAGCGAGGACUCAAGCUCUCAGGAGGAGAAAAGCAGAGAGUUGCAAUUGCUAGAGCAAUGUUAAAGGAGCCACUUAUUUUUCUCUAUGAUGAAGCCACAUCAUCUUUAGAUUCAAUUACAGAAGAGAAUAUUCUCAGUGCCAUGAGGGACAUCGUGAAACACCGAACGUCGGUUUUCAUUGCGCACAGGUUGUCAACAGUAGUUGAUGCCGAUGAAAUCAUUGUGCUGGAUCAG